AUGUCGCUGCAGGAUUUUGUUAGAACCCAAAUCUUUGGUACGGUUUUUGAAACCACUCCUCGAUAUACGGAUCUCAAUCCUAUUGGUAUGGGGGCUUUCGGGCUUGUUUGUUCUGCCAGAGACAAUUUGACCGAUAAGAGUGUUGCGAUAAAAAAGGUGAUGAAGCCCUUUUCUACUCCUGUAUUGGCCAAGAGAACAUACAGAGAACUUAAGUUGUUGAAUCAUCUCAGACACGAGAACCUCAUCUCAUUGGAAGACAUCUUCCUUAGUCCUAUGGAAGAUAUCUAUUUUGUCACUGAGUUACAAGGUACCGAUCUUCAUCGACUAUUGGCAUCGAGACCACUAGAAAAGCAGUUCAUUCAGUACUUCUUGUAUCAAAUUCUUAGGGGCCUUAAGUAUGUUCAUUCUGCUGGUGUUAUUCAUAGAGAUUUGAAGCCUAGUAAUAUUCUCAUUAACGAGAACUGUGACCUGAAGAUCUGUGACUUUGGAUUGGCUCGAAUCCAGGACCCCCAGAUGACAGGUUAUGUGUCGACACGUUAUUAUAGAGCACCAGAAAUCAUGCUUACGUGGCAAAAGUAUGAUACUGAGGUGGAUAUAUGGUCUGCUGGUUGUAUAUUUGCAGAGAUGAUUGAAGGUAAACCUCUAUUUCCUGGUAGAGAUCAUGUAGAUCAGUUUAGUAUCAUUACCAAACUGCUAGGAUCACCACCGGCCGAUGUUAUUAAUACUAUUUGUUCGGAAAACACUUUGAAAUUUGUUCAAUCUUUACCUCACAGAGACCCCGUUCCGUUCGAAGAGAGAUUCAAAGGUGUUGAUCCGGAAGCCAUUGAUUUGUUGUCUAAGAUGCUUAUUUUUGAUCCUAAAAAGAGAAUUACAGCUGCUCAGGCUUUGGAUCAUCCUUAUUUGGCUCCUUAUCAUGAUGCUACUGAUGAACCAAUAGCCGAGGAAAGGUUCGAUUGGUCGUUUAACGAUGCGGAUUUACCCGUUGAAACAUGGAAAAUUAUGAUGUACAGUGAGAUAUUGGACUUCCAUGAAAUCGAAGGUGCAGAAGCUCUACAGAAUAAUAAUCUGGUGCAAGGUCAGUAUGAGUCUGAUAUGGUUCAGCAGCAGCAGUUAUUACAGCAGCAGUCCAAUGGAGAUCAGCCAGAAAAGUAG